ACAACUCAUACCGCCAGACGCUAGAUGGCGGUAGAGUCUCUGCGCACGCGCCACGACAAGCAAAGAAGCCCCGUCUCCAGGAUACAGAGGGAAGCUUUCGAGUGCAUAAUGCAACACACUUGUGGUGAAAAGCUACAUCUGUAGCUACAUCUGUAAUUACAUCCACCCUGAGGAAAAGGUGGCCACCAAUGCGUGCCAACAGCCUCUCUGACCACACAUUUAUACACCAGUAAAGGCGACACUGAAGGCAAGGUUGGUAAAGCAACUUGCCCAAGGACACAAUGGAAGAGUGACUUAGAUGGAUGGAAGGAGCGAGGUUUGAAUAGCCAAUGCUCCAGUUUCUGGACGACCUGCUCUAUACCUCCUGAGCCAAGUGUACAGUGAUGCAACGAGUGCAGCGUCUUCACCUGAACCAUGUCCUGCAAACCGUGUGCGCGCUGGAAGCUGUCGUCGUCCGCAGCUUCGGCCCUGAAGGAGGACAGGUGCUCUUCACCCGAGACACUGGACAAGCAAUGUUGAGCCGCAGCGGCACACGUAUUCUCACAGCACUUCGACUGGAGCACCCACUAGCCAGGGCGGUGGUGGAGUGUAUCCGCAAGCACAGCGGGAAAACGGGGGAUGGUUCAAAAUCCUUUAUGCUUCUGGUGGCAUCAUUAUUACGAACCAUCCAUAUCGCAGUCUCUAAGGAGCCAAAUGUAUCACAUAAUUAUAAGUCUAGGGCAGCAGCAGAGUCUGCCACUGCAACACGCUUGGCCGACCAAAUGCUGGGAUUCGCAUUGGAGAAACUGGAGGAUUUCAUCACUGUUGCAGUGGUUCCUUAUGGAUUCUGUCUUUUGGCCAAUGAUUUAUCUGCCAACGCUCUAACCGACUGUGACAACGUUCAAAAGUUGCUCGUAUCUUUUUUCCGUACACGCUUGGGUUGUAGCCACUGUGACCUAAUGGGUGAACUCAUUCGCAAACUGCUCACCAACUGGAGAUGUUUUACUUUUUUAUCACUGGAGUUUCUGAACGACAACUUCCCUGCCUUGCAUACGGCUGUGUUAGGCUUGCCUGUCAGUUGUUCUCGCUUGGUUGAGGGACAAGUCAUCCACAGGGACUUUGCAACACCCCACAAUAACAUUCCCCUUCUUCCGGUUAAGGCGGUUAUUUUUACCAUACCCCUGCAACCAAAGUUGGUGUACGCAGAAGAUGUGCUGGAGCUCGGGAAACAAACGAUGGAGGAUCAUGACAGGAGUAUUUUGUGCUUUAGCGCCUGGGCUGAAAGCUCACUGGAGUGUAUGUUUGCAAACCUUCAGACUUUUGGAGUCUCUGUUCUUCUGUCUUCAGUGAAACAGUCUGAUGCUGUCCUGGCUUUAGCUACACAAGCAGAGAUGUGUGUCGUGGAGUGUAUCAGUGAAGAUGAACUGGCUCUCUUUAUACACCUGAGUGGGACCACACCUGUCUCAGACUGCCAGGGAAUUCAGCCUGAGCACGUUGCUUCUUUAACAUUUUGCCGACCAAUACUUCUAGGAGCACAUAGAUAUGUUCAUGUGGCUUUCCCGGAGUCCAAUGACAAGAUGGUCCAACCAAGUAGUGUUGUGAUCUGCGGCCUGGCAGAAGGGCAAACAGAUCAAUAUGCAGGUGCAAUUCAGGAUGCUAUCCGCAUGCUGCGUACAACGUGGGAGCCUUUGGAUGCAGCUACAAGAAUAUCUGUGCAACCAGGAACAUCUCCAUCCACUAUUUUGUCAGGUUGCGUCAUACCUACUGGAGGAACUUUUGAGUUUCUCUUACAUCACGCCCUCUUACAACAUGGCCGAACCCGCGCUAUUUCUAAUCCCACUGAUACAGGUGUCCCCAUUGUAUGCCAGGUCUUGGCAGAGGCUUUGCUGUGUCUUCCUCGCCAUAUUUACUCGGACAAUCCAAGACGUUUACUGCUGGUUCAGACACAAGUCUUAAAGAAAUUUGAGGUUUCCCACCUGGAGAGACUUUUUUGCAAGCCAAAGUUUGGCAAAGUACAAGAAGAGCCGAGUAUGUAUUCUUCAUCGUCGAUCAAUUUGAAAAUGUUAUCCGGUCUUGAAUCUGUCUCCUGUAAAUACUCUCUAAUUAUGGCUGUACUGCAGUGUGUCCAAAGUCUCCUCCGAGUGGACACUGUGCUGCAUGUACACUCUCACUUAAAUCCCAAACCAUCCAAACCCACGUAUUCCUCAGACGAUGAAGACUAAGGACUGGAAAGUGUUUACUCAGGUAACAAUUUGAAUAUUUUGCACUUGAUGCAGUUAACCAUUUUAUCUUUGGGGGCAGCGUGGCUCAGAAAGUAGAGCAGCCGUCCAGAAACUUGAGUGUUCCUGGUUAGAAUCCAGCAUUCGCCAUUUUAGUCACUGUUCUUUGUGUCCUUGGGCAAGACACUUCACCCACCUUGCUCCCAGUGUGGUGUAAAUGUAGCUAUAAUGGGUUUCUCAAUGUAAAGCGCUUGAGUCAGUCGAAAAAAGCGCUAUAUAAAUAUAAUUACCUUCACUUCACUUUACAUCUUUGUUCAUCACAGAGUACAUUUAUUUGAAUGGCCUUUAGAUUUUCUCCUCGUAGUAGCAAAACAGCAGAGAAUUGCAGGCGUCCAUUAGUGGUAACGUGUUUUAAUGUGUUUUUUCUCCAUAAAUAAUGACACUACUAAAUAUUAGCAAUAUAGUAGCUAAUGUGUGACAAACACAUGUAUAUCAGGGGCUCUUAGCCUUUUUGACGUCAAGGCCCACUCAAAUAUUAACACUGAAUUAGUAAUCUUACUCUUGAUUUUAAGCAUAUUAAAUAAUUAAAUCUAACCUACUUACAGUUUACAACCUUGUCAAAUGAUAUGAAACCAUAUGUUAAUCACUAAGAUGGUUAUUUAUUUAACACGUAAACCUUAGGCUUAGGUCAGGCUGAUUUGAAAAAUAAGUACAAACCAAAUAUACUGCCUAAGAAAGACCCCAUAAAUAACUGACAAUAAAUACAUUUACAUGCAAUUAUGUUGUGCUAAAAUAAAUAACCUAAAUUAAUAAUAAAUAUGUUUCGCGACUAAACUGUCAAUAAAAUUUAAGUGCAAAUGAAAAUACACUUUCCCCACUGUAGUCAUUAUGUUUGUGCUGAAGAAACUUCUCUGACU